AUGGCAACUAACGAGUCUCUUAAUGGUAAAGCUCCUGCUGAAAACUUCGAAGCAUCACUUCGACAUUAUAUAUUGAAACGUUCAGAUUCGUAUGAUGGUCUUGGGAUUUUGAUAUCUGCUGAUGCUAAAACAGGUUUAAAUCCUCGUAUUCGUGAUGUAGAACUCGGAUCUCCAGGUCAUCGAGCUGGUUUACGUAAAGAUGAUCGUAUUAUUUAUGUCAAUGGUAUUAGUGCUGAGAAUCUUGACUUUAGCGAAGUUCUCAUACUGGUUCAACAAGGUUUAAAUAAUAAUAAUCUGAAGCUUUCAGUUAUUCAUGAAUCCAUAAAUUUUUGA